CACACUGCUGUGUAUUCGUAAAAUUCGUGUUUAUAAAGUGUUACUGAUAAUUAAAGCAAUUCGUGCAAAAUUAUUUCCUAACCAUUCCAAAAUAUCAAAAAUGCACAACGUUAAUAUUCAAGUUUUCACUUCUGCCGGCACUCCCGGAGUGCAACCCGUCGUUUUUUUUUCUGUGAGCUGUUGAUUGAUAUUGAUGGCCUAGCGCAUGACAGCUCAUCCGAAUAAUAUUGAAUAAUUUUCUAGUUUUGUAAAUUAUCUGAAGCAAAUUAUUUUAGUAUCUCUUCAGGUUCACCUCACAUGGCCAGUGCAGAUUCGUGGAUGCUUACGACUGCCUAUGAAACAGCCUCGAUCAACCGAUCAUUCCGAAUUCAUUAAGUCAUUAAGUUCCUCUAUAAAGUAUUAUUAUGUACUACAAAAAAUAUAAUACAAGCAAAUGCUUUUAAUAUUCUGAACAGUUUAAAAUUGUAUUGAUUCAAAAUAAUUGGUAUUACAUAUAGUUAUAGCUAUGUUCAAAAAAGUCCCAAAGUCAUGGGCACGUUUAAUUAAUUACACAUUGAUAACGAGGAUUUUUCCAGCAAAUAGAAUGCUUAUGAUAUCAGUACAGAGUCACAGUCGAUUCCAUAGAGUCAUGGAGUUAAAAACCUUAACAAUAGUUUUUUUUGUAGUUUUAAUCAACUGUGUAUUCUGCGACCUGCGACCUGGCGACCCUGCAGUGUGUCCCUUCACCGAUUUGCGACUUCCGAAAUAUCGUGUUGUCAACGUAACUUAUGCAUGCGCAGAUGGGAAAGUAUGCCAACGUACGAAGCAACAACGCGUGGAAACUACAAUGUACAUAUGUUGUGAUAAAUAUAAGCUUUGUUAUGAUAAAUGCAUACUAGAGGACGCGGUCUGCGCUGAAUUGGAAUGUGUGAACGCAAAAUAUAAUGGAAGUAAAGGUUGCACUUGUGAUCCAGGCUUAGAACAUCUCAACGAGACUCAUUGUGGCCCACCAUGCCUUGAGGGGUUUUAUAAUGACCUUACAACAGCAAAGUUCACAUGCAAAUCGAAAUGUAGAGAACCAUGUGUUAACGGAAAUUGCACAGAUUUUGAUAAAUGUACUUGCAAUCCAGGUUUGGUUAAUCUUAACACUACCCACUGUGGUCCCCUAUGCCUUGAGGGCUUUUAUAAUGACCUCACAAUAGCUGAUUUUACCUGCAAAUCUAAAUGUAGCGAACCAUGUGUUAACGGAAAUUGCACAGAUUUUGAUAAAUGUACUUGCAAUCCAGGUUUGGUUAAUCUUAAUACUACCCACUGUGGUCCCUUAUGCCUUGAGGGCUUUUAUAAUGACCUCACAACAGCUGAUUUUACCUGCAAAUCUAAAUGUAGCGAACCAUGUGUUAACGGAAAUUGCACAGAUUUUGAUAAAUGUACUUGCAAUCCAGGUUUGGUUAAUCUUAAUACUACCCACUGUGGUCCCUUAUGCCUUGAGGGCUUUUAUAAUGACCUCACAACAGCUGAUUUUACCUGCAAACCUAAAUGUAGCAAACCAUGUGUCAACGGAAAUUGUACAGACUUUGAUAUAUGUACUUGCGACCCAGACUUGGACCAUCUCAAUGAUUCCCACUGUGGUCCAUCAUGCAUUGAGGGCUUUUAUAAUGACCUUACAACAGCUGAUUUAAACUGUAAAUCGAAAUGUAGCGAACCAUGUGUCAACGGAAAUUGCACAGAUUUUGAUAAAUGUACUUGCAAUCCAGGUUUGGUUAAUCUUAACACUACCCACUGUGGUCCCUUAUGCCUUGAGGGCUUUUAUAAUGACCUCACAACAGCUGAUUUUACCUGCAAACCUAAAUGUAGCAAACCAUGUGUCAACGGAUAUUGUACAGAUUUUGAUAUAUGUACUUGCGACCCAGGCUUGGUUCAUCUCAAUGAUACCCACUGUGGUCCAUCAUGCCUUGAGGGCUUUUAUAAUGACCUCUUAACAGUUGAUUUUACCUGCAAAUCUAAAUGUAGCAAACCAUGUGUCAAUGGAAAUUGUGUAGAUUUUGAUGAAUGUACUUGUGACUCAGGCUAUAAGCUUAUAAAUGGUAGCCAGUACGAAUGUGAACCAGAAUGCGAUGCGUGCAUAAACGGUGUCUGCGUUGCACCAGAUAACUGUAACUGCAACACAGGAUAUAUCAAAUAUUAUAACGAAAUAUGUGUCCCAGUAUGUACCGAUCCGUGUAUUAAUGGUUACUGUGUAGCACCUGAUAACUGCAAAUGUGUAUCUGGAUACAUCUACGAUCAAGACAUCAAAUCUUGCGUUGCAGCAUGCAAUGCUUCGUGUAUUAAUUCAACUUGUGUUGUACCCGAUCGAUGCGAAUGUUGGAGUGGAUUUGUCUCCUCGACCGACCCUACCAUUUGUAUGCCUUACUGCACUACCUGCAGUGACGGAGAAUGUAUCAAACCUGAUGUCUGCCUUUGCAAUGAAGGUUUUCAAUUGAAAAACGGCACCUGCAAGCCUGUUCCCAUAAUUGCUGGACUUCCGUGGAUUCUUGUUACAGUGACAUUAAUUGUAGUUCUAAUUACUGUCGUAGUCAUCUACAAGAUUAGAAGUUUGAGAAAGAAGUCCGAGCAGAAAGAUACAGAUCGGUCAUACAACGUGCUGUAUUCAGCAUCAAACACGAAAAAUGAUCACGAUAUUAACAAUACUGAAACAUUACUUUCACGCGCAUCCUCGCAAGAUUACAUAGAAAAGUUGUAGAAGAGAGAAAAUUACGAGUAAGUGACGACUCGGGCACAAAAGGCAGUGGGAAUAGACUAUAUUCCCAUAAAAUAAUGGUGGCAAAGGGCUUAUUUAUCACUGUGAACUCGAAAAGGAUGUCGAAACGUCAAGUGAAGUUUAAUAAGAACGCGUAUUUGACUCGUAUCUAUAUCUAUAAAUAUAUACUGUAAAUAUUGCUAACAAUCACACCAAUAAGCCUAACCCCAUAGUAACUGUAAGGCCCACUGUAAGGCUUUUGUUAUGGCAUACUAGGCUAACAUAUAGAAUAUAUAUAUAUAUUAAUCUAGAAAUACAUUUAAACAUCCAUGUUUUUUUUAAAGAUAGGUCCGACAAAUGACUCCACCCCAUCUGCUGUAAAGUGACGGUGAAGUCCAGAUGCGAAGAUAGCUGGCACAGCAAUUCUACCUGCCACACCAGCCAUCCUCACCUUGCCGGCCUUUUUUUUUUUACGCAGGUAAAAUAUCUUUUUACAGACGACGGCGCCUUAAAGAGGCACACCGCCGAACGGACCUCACACCUGGCUCCCGCAAGUCUUACGGACCCCUCAGUGGCUACCCACCGAGGACCCCGCAACUCUUACGGGCGCUUUACGGUAUAAUAUCCGCUAAAAAAGUCCUGCGAAUACCACUAUACUGCUUAGUGCGGAGCCUCAGGGUCCCCGUUAGGGAUUCUACCACGGCUCCGCCCCCAGCAGCUUCCCGGCCUCGCCGGGGCUCCACGGCAGGGGUCUCCCGCGGUAUUACGGAGCCCCGCAGACGUGCGCAGGUAGGCCCGCGCGUGGGGGCUGGGUACGCGGCCUACUGCCCACCAUACCGCCCCCCAUCCGCUGCGGAGGGGACUCCAGGGCGUAUCCGUCCAAGAACCCUCCGCCGCCCCCCCUUUGUAGGACAGAACUACUAGUGGGGAGGCCGCAGUUCCUGGGAGGGGGGAGCGGGAGGGGUAGCGUAAAUCUUCCCUUCUCACGUCUUCUCCUAGGAGAAGAGGGGGGAAAGGCAGGCGACAGCAUUCGUGGGGGGGGGGGGGUCCGAGCGGCCGAGGCUACUCAGACAUCCCCCUCUCUGGGGGCGUCCGUCCGGGCGCCGCCUCAGUGGCCACCCUCUCGGGAGGUUUGCCUUUUGUGACCGGGGGGUCACACCUCCCACUCCCCAUGAUGUGGCCCGAUGGCCGGCCACUCUCUGCGCACACUGCGCAGCGGGGUGGGACAGCGCACAACGCCGCCCUAUGCCCCGUCUUCCCACACCUCACCUUGCCGGCCUGCAUGUUGCUUCUUCAUGCCUCUUUUAAAGGAUCCCUGGUUGUAAGAAGGAGGGAAAACGUGAGUUGGCAGAGCAUUCCAUUAACGGAUAGUGCUAUAAAGAAAUGAGUCACCAAAUUAAUUUGUACGCAUUGGAAUUGUGGUCACAGGUAGACGGUGACAACGAAGGCCAGCGUGCGUGGUCCUCUGAAGGAAAGGAGAAAGUGGAAUAAGGGAGAAUCACGGCGUAAUUGAAGAGGCUCGAGGUGUCUAGGCAUCGCCUAUGAUGCGGACCGCGCGCCGCUGUAGCCUAUCCAAAGUAUCGAGCCAUCCCAGAGGUGCGAGCAAUAUUCCACGCAAGACCGUACCUGCGUCUUUUACAACAAGCACAGUUGCUCGGGCGUGAAAAAGCGCCACACCUUGUUCAUGACUCCGAGUUUGCGGAAGGCCGUUAUUACCACGCUUUCGAUGUAAUUCUUUGGAUUUAAGUCACAGUGAAUUUUCACACCGAGCCUGAGCACCUUAGUACAAAUGCUCAUAUUCAUCAAACAAACAAUUGCCCCAUCGGAAUUUGAACCUGAGACCUCUGCGUAGGAAGUCGGUGGUAUUGUACACAACAACACAUCAAGUUACCACAUUGUAACACAUCAAGUUACCGCAAAUGUUAAAUUUUAAUCUCGAUUCUCACUCAAUUAUGGAUCAAGAAAGUUCAUGAUCAAAAUAGGUUGGAUAAAAUUUACAGUUUUGGAUAUCUUUCACGACCUUCGUGGUCGAGUGGUUUGUACGCAGGGUUUCAUGGUGUCGCCGACUCGAGAGGUUCUGGGUUUGAAUUCCGUUGGGGACAGAUGUUUGUGUGAUGAAUAAGAGCAUUUGUACUCCAGUUAUGGAUGCUCAAUAUGCAUUUCUUAAAUACAUUUAUAAAUGUAUCAGUGUAUGUAUUCUAUCCGUUACCCUUGUAUCUCAUAUCACAAGCAUUACAUUGCUUACUUUGGAGCUAGGCUUAUUGGUGUGUGUUGUAAAAAAAAAUAAAGACAGUUCUUCAUUUACUUCAGGGCGGAAUUUGAACAGUAUAAAUUAUUAUUAGUGUUAGAUAGAUCAAUAAUUAAAAACAUCUGUAAACUGUUUAUGAAUAAAUGGAUUAUUAUAUUAAUAAAUAUUAUAAUGAUAAAGCUUUUAUUAAAAUAAAGUUUUA